GCCUUUUCUAAUGCACUACUGUACGAAUGGAGUCCUUGCGACCACCUAAGCCAGCAGACCUGGGCCAACCCAACUCAUUACCAUUAGCCAUCCUGGGUAUCCUUUGCCAUCACUAACUUAUGAAAGCCCCAUCGUAUCCCCUGCUCUAGUCCUUCUUUUGUCUCCAUCAUGACCGCUCUUCCUCCUCAACCUGAUCUCGUCUCCUCGCCAUCUCACUCCUCACACUCACCCCCUUCGUCUUCGAAACACGUAGCAGCUCCAGAUCGCCCCGAACCCCCCGAAUCUCUUCUCAUUGAGGACUCUCUACCAGCCAAGGACUCGAGUCCCCUGAGAUCAGUGGCAGGAUCGUCAUCAGGCACAGCAAGAGUGGCUACAUCGCGGAACUCCGGUCUGAGUGGAGGAAAUCAAACGAUUAGCCCGUCUCGUGAGACCGGCGCGAGGUCUUUCAACGGCGACGAGGAAAGCGAGAGUGACUGGGAUAUAGAAAUGGAACCCAUUGCAGGCCACCGUCGACGGCGAAGUAGCCACAACAUGGCUGGUCGGCCAGCUGGAUCACCUAGCCGAACCCGUGUCACAAGUCGUGGUCCCGCACCCACUGGCUCGGCAGAAGAACCCAAGAUAUCCGAAGAAAACUUGGAUGCGAACGGCUUUGCGAUUCAGAAGGAUGAAUCCGCCGACGACAGCUUGAGCGACGAAGACCUCCAAGACGACGAAGAAACUGGAUUAACCCGUAAAGACAAGCAAAGGCGGCAGAAGAAGCGCAGCAGAAAUACUCAGCUGGAUCAGCGGAUCGUCAGGGACAAUAAGGCUAUAUCAAAAGAGGAGCGCAAAGAAGCAGACAAGACUGUUUUCAAGAGUUUGAUGGUGAAUGUUGUGUUGAUUCUUUUGUGGUACCUCUUUUCGUUAUCAAUAUCGAUUUACAACAAGUGGAUGUUUGAUCAUGAGCGGCUAAACUUUGCAUUUCCUUUGUUUACGACGUCCAUGCACAUGGUAGUUCAAUUUGUCCUCUCAGGUCUAGUUUUGUACUUCGUGCCCUCCUUGAGACCUGGAUACGGGGUUCAUCUGUCAGAUAUGGGAAGGUCGAGACAUGAUGACGAGCCCAAGUCUUACGGUAUGACCAAGAUGUUUUACCUCACUCGAAUUGGACCUUGUGGUGCAGCUACAGGCCUAGAUAUUGGACUUGGCAAUACCUCUCUCAAGUUCAUUAGCCUUACAUUUUACACCAUGUGUAAAUCUUCCUCACUAGCUUUUGUUCUCAUGUUUGCGUUUGCUUUCCGACUCGAAACCCCAACGUGGCGUCUUGUCGCCAUUAUUGCUACUAUGACGCUCGGUGUUGUGCUCAUGGUGUUUGGUGAAGUUGAAUUCAAGGUGGGAGGCUUCGCCCUCGUCAUCUCAGCUGCUUUCUUCUCUGGCUUUCGCUGGGGAUUGACCCAGAUCCUGCUCCUCCGCAACCCUGCGACAUCAAACCCAUUCUCUAGCAUCUUCUUCCUUACUCCAGUCAUGUUCCUCGUGCUUAUCUGCCUUGCAGUGCCCGUGGAAGGAGUCGGAGCUCUCAUUGAAGGUUACAAGGUUCUGGGUGAUGAAUGGGGCUAUUUCAUGGCGCCCCUUUUCUUGCUUUUCCCUGGUUGCAUUGCUUUCUGUAUGACGGCCUCCGAGUUCGCUCUGCUGCAGCGCACUUCCGUCGUCACGCUCUCCAUUGCUGGCAUCUUCAAGGAGGUUGUUACUAUUAGUGCGGCUGCUCUUGUCUUUGGUGACCGCCUCACACCAAUCAACUUUGUUGGUCUACUCACGACCAUGGCCGCUAUCGCUGCCUACAACUACAUCAAAAUCACCAAGAUGAGGCAGGAGGCGCAAGAAAGUGUUCAUGUUCGCCAUGCGCACGACGAUGACGCGCCAGAUUCCCCUACGAGUCAGAGUAGCGGAAUCAUAGACCGCGAUGGAGAUACAGACGCGGAAAACACUGGUCUGCUCCGUGACAGCAUCGACGGCUUGGAUCUUGAUGUACAACCCCAUGCGCCAGCUAAUGAGCGUCGCUGAUGGAACAAUCGUUUCAAUGCCACAACUUCCUGUUUUAUAUCUGAGCCCGUAUAUAACGACUCUAUGGGCCACAUUUCUUUGUCAUACUGAGUGGGAGUCGAUACAAUGGCUCGCCAUCUUUCGUUUAUCUGUAUCAUAACGGCGCCGGGGGUUGCUUUGGGAAUAGAAUCUAGGCUGGGAAUUUCCUCGAUACAUGGUGAUAUUAGAAGAGCAAGAAUAUCAAUAUACCCAGAUACUACACAUAAUCCACUUGCCCAGUUUUCUGACCAGAUAAUAUGCAUAGAGUGUUGCAUAGACUGGUACCUUUCUGGGUCAAUACCAACAUUCAAGCCACAAGUGGAGGGUAAAACUAAGCCUGCGGCUUUUUAAAAGGAUUUGAUCGACAU